CUUUGAAACAGGUUAAAGGUUGAUUUCUGAUGCUAUUUAAGGACAUUAGCUUUAUAGUUCAGUUUGGAGAGAGAGACAACAGCUGGCUGGACAGGACCUAACCCACCUAAAAAAGAAAUCAUGGAAAGGAACCUAUUCCUUUGGAUUUGUUUUUUGGUCAUAGCUCAUCCAGUCGUCCAUGGAGACGAUGACAUUUCACCAUCGACUCCUGACAACAUCUCAUUUCUGUUAUCGAUGAACAAUGACUUUGGUUUUCAUCUGUACAAGAGUCUCACAGCAAAGCCGGAGUUUCAGUCCAAGAAUAUCUUCUUCUCUCCAAUUAGCGUGUCAAUGGCCCUUUCAGCGCUGUCUCUAGGAGCAGAUGGUGAUACCAAACAUCAGCUUCACAAUGGCAUCGGCCAUAACAGCUCUCUCUUGAGCACUGAAGAGAUGCAUAAGGCAUAUCAAAGUUUUUUGGAGGAGAUCAGCAAGAAUACUGGGGUGGAGAUCGAUGUUGGCACUGCUCUGUAUUUAAGCAACAAAUUUAAGUCACAUCCUGAGUUUUUUGAGGAGAUAAAGCAGUUUUACCUUUCAGAAGGCUUCACCGUAGAUUUCAGCACCAGAGAAACUGUUGAACAGAUCAACGCAUACGUGAAGGAAAAAACACGCGGCAAAAUAAAUCAAGUUGUUCAACAACUGAAUCCUAGUGACAAGAUGCUUCUUCUCACAUACAUAUAUUUCAAAGGUAAAUGGGACUUGCCAUUUGACCCAAAAAAAACAUUUCAGGAUAAUUUUCAUGUUGAUGAUAAGACAACCGUUCCAGUGCAAAUGAUGCAUAAAAAUGAUUACGUCAAAGUUUUUUAUGACGAAAGACUUGCCACUAAAGUCCUUGCUCUUGACUACAAUGCCACUUUCUCCCUGAUCCUGGCUCUCCCAGACAAGUCCAUCACUGAGCUGGAGAUGGCUGUCUGUCAACAAGACAUUGCAAAGUGGAGAAAUGGAGUUACAGAAAGAAAAGUUAAAAUCUAUGUACCCAAGCUGUCUCUUAAAACAUCUUAUACCCUGAGAGGUAUUUUGCAAGGAAUGGGUAUGACUGAAAUGUUCUCGGUGAAUGCAAACUUCAGCAGACUUUCGGCUGAAAAGAUUUUCGUUUCAGAGGUGGUCCAUAAAGCCGCUCUGGAUGUAGAUGAAGAAGGCACAACUGCAGCAGCUGUGACUACAAUAUUAUUGGGAUCUUCUUUACCAAACCCAAAGAACAUUUACAGAUUCGACCGUCCAUUCAUGCUCUUUAUUGUUGACCCCAGAAGUUCCAUCCUCUUUAUGGGAAAAAUUAUCAACCCAGCAUUGAAAGAAUGAGUCAUUCAAGAUGUUUUAACUGAUAUUAGCCAGUAGAUGGCCAUGAUUUACUGAAAUCAUUGUUUGUUGUCUGCCGAGAAGACCUUAACAUUAAUAUCUGCUCACUGUCAGUAUAUAUGUCAAUCUUUUAAUAAAGACGGAUGUAACAGAA